GCAGGUCUCAUUACCCAGUCCCUGUGGCCCCAGAGAUGUGUCAGCUCAUCUAUCUAUGCCCUCCCUGAUCUGGGCACUGGCACCCUGGCUGUGAGGUCUAGCUGGGGUGAUGGCAAGCUCAGAAAUGACAGGAAAAGCUACCUCUGAGGCUUCUGUCUCUACUCCAGAGGAGACAGAGCCUGAGACUGCCAAGGCGCCCACUACAGAGCCUUCUGGAGAGGUGGCAGCAUCAGAGUCCACAGGGCAAGAACAGGUUCCAGAGCCACAGAAGCCACAGGAUGCAGCCCCUGCAGCUUCUGCCAUGCCUGCCACCACUAAGCCUGAACCUCUAAGCGAAGAUGUCCCCAGUGCCCCACUGCGGCUGACCUUGGAGGAUGUGAGCCACAGCUCCUUGACUGUGAGCUGGGAGCCCCCUGAGAAGCUGGGGAAGCUGGGACUUCAAGGCUAUGUGUUGGAGUUCUGUCGAGAGGGAGCCUCAGAAUGGGUGCCUGUGAAUCCCCGGCCCGUGAUGGUGACCCAGCAGACGGUUCGAAACCUGGCCCUGGGAGACAAGUUAUUCCUGCGUGUGACUGCAGUGAGCUCUGCAGGAGCAGGCCCUCCAGCUGUGCUGGACCAGCCUGUCCACAUCCAAGAGAUCACUGAAGCCCCCAAGAUCCGUGUUCCCCGACACCUUCGUCAGACCUACAUCCGCCGGGUGGGAGAGUCAAUCAACCUGCAAAUCCCCUUCCAGGGGAAGCCCAAGCCGCAGGCCUCUUGGACCCACAAUGGCCAUGCCCUGGACAGCAAGAGAGUUAAUGUGCGCAGCGGGGACCAGGACUCCAUCCUGUUCAUCCGCUCAGCUCAGCGCUCAGACUCGGGCUGCUAUGAGCUCACCGUGCAUCUGGAAGGCUUGGAAGCCAAGGCUAACAUUGACAUCCUGGUGAUUGAGAAGCCUGGGCCCCCGAGCAGCAUCAAAUUACUGGAUGUCUGGGGUUGCAAUGCUGCCGUCGAGUGGACGCCACCCCAGGACACAGGCAACACAGAGCUCCUGGGGUACACAGUACAGAAGGCAGACAAAAAGACAGGGCAAUGGUUCACAGUAUUGGAGCGCUACCACCCCACCACCUGCACCAUCUCAGACCUCAUCAUCGGCAACUCGUACUCUUUUCGGGUCUUCUCAGAAAACCUGUGUGGCCUCAGUGACUUAGCCACCACCACCAAGGAGCUGGCUCACAUCCACAAGGCAGAUAUUACUGCCAAACCUAGAGAGUUUAUUGAGCGAGACUUCUCAGAGGCGCCCUCAUUCACCCAGCCCCUGGCUGACCACACCUCCACUCCUGGCUAUAGCACACAGCUAUUCUGCAGCGUCCGGGCAUCACCUAAGCCCAAGAUCAUCUGGAUGAAAAACAAGAUGGACAUCCAGGGUGACCCCAAGUACCGUGCUGUCUCUGAGCAAGGGGUCUGCACCCUGGAGAUCCGGAAGCCCAGCCCCUUUGAUUCUGGGGUCUACACUUGCAAGGCCAUCAACGUGCUGGGGGAGGCCUCUGUGGAUUGUCGGUUGGAGGUUAAAGGUGGGAGUCAGAAGGUUGCCCUUAGCACCCUACCGCAGUGGAAAGCUUGAGUCCCUCUUUAGAGCUGGACUAGAUGUGUCUCAGAAUGAAACUGGAGCAGGAACAAGG